UCCAGCCAACGAAUGAAAUGAUGCUCAAGUUCUAUAGCUUUUAUAAGCAAGCAACUCAAGGACCGUGUAACAUUCCACGACCUGGAUUUUGGGAUCCAAUUGGUAGAUAUAAAUGGGAUGCCUGGAGUGCCUUAGGAGACAUGUCCAAAGAAGAAGCCAUGAUAGCCUAUGUUGAUGAAAUGAAAAAGAUUCUUGAGAGUAUGCCAAUGACGGACAAAGUUGAAGAACUACUGCACGUAAUAGGCCCAUUCUAUGAGAUAGUAGAAGACAAAAAGAACAGAGGAUCUGACCUAACCUCAGGCCUUAGUAAUGUCAUGAAUUCUACUCCAAAUAUAAAGGCUGUGAAUGGAAAAGCUGAAAGUAGUGAUAGCGGAGCAGAAUCAGAAGAAGAAGGGCUUCGUGAAGAGGAAGAGAAAGAACUGCAGCUAAAUGGAAAGGACUAUAAGAGUGUGAAACCAGAAUCAGCAGCUGCUAAGGAUUUGGAAAGUAUUGUCACUAAUGGCUGUUGCAAGGACAGCUUUAUCCCAGAUCUGCAGAAUGGCACCCAGACCAAAUCUGCCCUGAAUGGCUUGAAUCCAGAGGAAGAAAGAAAGAAAACAGAGCCAAGCCUAGAAAUAGCUAUUAAUGGUUCUCACCAAGGUGCAAAUGAAGAGAAUACUGAAGAGGUUUCAGCAACUCAACACUUAACCAGUGAUUCAGACAGUGAAGUUUACUGUGACUCUAUGGAGCAACUUGGACUAGAAGAGCCCUUGGAGAUCAUCACAUCAGCUAAAGGAUCUUUAAAGCAUUCAUCCCAUUCCUUGGAUGUAGAUCACAGUCUUUUGUUAGAAAAUAUGGAUUUUCCAAGGCACUCUUGCAUGACUUACGAGCAACUCCAACCUGGAAAUACUGUAGAGGGAGCAGCUCAAGAGCAAGGUGAAGUCAAGUGUGGAGGAGAAGAUGGCAAAGCCACUAAUGGGGGCCCUCACAAAGAGAAGAAAGGUGGAGAAAAAGCAGAUUUCUACAGUGUCAGAAGAGGGAGAGGGCACAGACUUCAACCUCUAGGAGAUGGUUCACAAGGUGGACAGAUGGGUAGUGGAGGGGACGGAGAGCGCUGGGGCUCAGACAGAGGGCCCAGGGGCAGCCUCAAUGAGCAGAUCGCAGUGGUGUUGAUGCGGCUGCAAGAAGACAUGCAGAAUGUCCUUCAGAGGCUGCACAUGCUGGAGGCAGUCACAGCAUCACAGGCAAGAUCUGCAACACUACAGUCAAAUUAUCAGCCUGCCUCCUCUGUUAAGAAACCAUCAUGGUGGCCCUUUGAAAUUUCUCCUGGUAUUUUAGCUUUUGCUAUUGUAUGGCCAUUUAUUGCCCAGUGGUUGGUACAUGUGUAUCUUCAAAGAAAGCGAAGAAAACUGAACUGAGAAUUUACUACUUUGCUUAAGGACUGCUAGAAGAUGGCCCUGGAAAGCAAAGGAAUUCUGAAUUCUCAGAGGAUCUCAGGAUCUGGGAUGAUGUUCCUUCUAUUAUAGUAAUAUUUUGUACUACCUUUGAGCUAAACAUAUAAGGACUUACAUUAUUGAAACUUGAAUGAUUCACAGCUCCUAGGUUAUAAAUAAAAUUAAUUUAAUAAUUCCAUCCU